GCAAAGCAGUGUGCAAAAGCUGACAGGGGAGAUAACUGUAUUGUUUACAAACAGUUCUCCCCUCCGUUGAAGAUGCUCGACAAUCACUGGGUGCCGGAGAGUAAUCACCAGCCGGGACCCAAUGAUUGACAGCCAAGGCCGCGAAUGGUAAGCAAAAUCCGCUUACUCUGGAUAAAUAUUAGUAUGAUUAUUUUUUUAUAUCAUUGAGAAGUACUAAGUGAGCUGUGAUUGGUCACAGCUUGUCACAUGGUACAAGGCUGUUGUGAAUAGCCUUGUACCAUGUGACCUCUGUGAUCAUUCACAGAUUUCACACGUA